AUGAACUGCUCUAAUAUUGGUGCCAAUGAAAUAACAGUCAAUGUCGAACAAAAGGCUUACGAAACCCUACGAUACAGGUUCCAUACUGUCUGUAUCUGCAGCUUCUUUCACAUUACGUUCAAUGUCUAG